AUGAAGGACGGCCAGAACGGGCAGUACGCCCCCCGCCAGCACGGCACGCCCACCACCAUCAGCGUAAUCCUCAACUGCCUGACGUGCGGCAUCAUACCCAAGGAUUACAAGCUGCCGCCCCCUCCGCCCACGCCCAGGGGUCCUGCUCGGCCCAGUCCCCCAGCGGACCACCUUCGCCCGGGCCCGCGCAGGGUGAUUUACCCGUCCUUGCCGCAGGACGAAAAGCGGCAGCAGAAGCAGCAGCAGCAGGCCCAAAGGAGCCUGCGCCAGCAGGCUGGGGCCAACAACCGCCCUCCCAUCCCGACAAUCUUUGUCACUCCCCCGCCUGAGGAUGGAUGGAUUUGA